AUGGUCCUAGCACGUGAUAGAGAAUUACUGAGGGACACUAUUCGCACCCAAGGGACCACACUUACUGCUGCCGAUCGCGAAAAUAUCCUGAAGCCAUAUCUGCCGGAUCCAUCAGAUCUUGCACAAAGCCCCCGAAAAGCUCCCAUUCGAACAUUCUUGAAGUCUCAGCUGCAUCAACUUGCCUACACCUUCAUUCAUAUUGUCUAUGGGAUUAUCCUUCGUCUAAUUCAGAGCUACCAUGCCCUUGCGGAUCGGGUUCUUGCGGUCGUCUAUUAUCAUCACCGCACACCGGAACUGAUACGAAAAGACGUCAAGGGCCUAAGACGUUUGCCGGGACAUCUGACCGUUGUUUUAUCAUUGCGUAAGGAAGAUGAUGCGCUUGCGAUUCUGAUGGAUGAAGUCGCAGAACUGGCUGCUUGGAGUGUUAGCGCUGGUAUACCCAUGCUGAGUGUCUACGAGAAGAGCGGGGUCCUGAAAUCAUGCAUCCCGAUGCUGCAUCAGGUGGUUGCAAGCAAAUUCGCUUCAUAUUACGGUUCACUCCCUCAGCAGCCAACCUUGCGGCUUUUCGCUCCUCAUCAUUCUGUAUAUGAGCCAUCUCUUGAUCAUGAUACGGCCCGUAGAGUCAAUACUGACUCUCUUACCCUGCUUCUGCUAUCAGCUACCGAUGGGAGAGAAACUAUAGUUGAUCUGACUCAAACGCUAGCAGAGAUGUCACAGAAUGGUAAACUGUCACCAGGGGAUAUUACCAUGGAAUUGGUGGAUGCAGAGAUUAGCGAAAUUACAACGCAGCCAUUGCAGCCAGCCUCAUCGAGCAUUGGUGACAAACGAACGACUGUUGUUCAGCCCGCUAUUGCAGUGAAGCCAGAACCAGAUUUAUUAUUAGUGUUCGCGCCCUUUCUGAAACUGGAUGGAUAUCCUCCGUGGCAUAUUCGCCUGACUGAAAUGUUUUGCACCGGUGGUAAAAGUAGCGGCGUUACUAGUUAUGGUGAAGCUGUCGAAUAUCAGGGUUUUCUCAGAGGUUUAUGGCACUACGCCGGGGCUCAGAUGAGGUUUGGUCGCUAGAGGCAGCUUGCUGGCUUCUCAAUAUCUGCACCUGAUCCGAAGCUCGAAGCUCCAGGUGUAGCGUUAGGGAUGAGACGCUCACAUAAAUCAUGUACCUUGAUUGCUCGCUUUAUUCGGUCCACUUCAAUUUUGCUAUAUGGUUAAUAUCUCCUGGUGCUUUCCUAGAAGCAGAUAUGGUUUGGUAGUGUGUCGGACAGAAUAAGUUAUCUCCCUAUCGUGAGUCAAUUUCAGGGACCUUCUUAAGUCAGGUGACGCCCCUGAAUUUACUUCAAAGUGCGGAGUAUUCUACGGAGACAUCACC